AUGUCCGACCUUCCCCUGGACAAGAAUCACAAGAACGGGGAGGGCAGUAUGCCUUCAAUGACGUCUUAUCUCUCGCGCAUGAGGAAUCUAGCCCUCGGCAGUGGUGUGGCUUCAAAGUCUUCACAUUCUGUCAAUGGGGUAUCGCAGAGGCUGGUCCUUGUAAUGGGGAAUCCAUCUGCAGACCUGGACAGCUUCAUCUCCGCUGUUGAGACCUCCUUUUGGUAUAAUCUAGUAGCGGACAAGGCGGCUCAUCCUAGGAAAACCGCUUACGUACCGAUUUUGAAUCUUCCGUCAGUCAAAGCAAGUGACUUGUGGAGACUUCGGCCGGAGUUUGGGGUCGCUCUAAGAUUGGCUCUGGGGGAGUCGCCGGACACCGUCGGUAAAGGGGAGCGAACGCAGGGCAAUACUGAUGUGUUGAAUGAACUUAUCACCAUCGCGGACAUCAAGGAUGAUGAGGGAUCAGCACUACAGAAACUAUUCCUCGACUCUAGGAAUUCAGAAACACAGUCCUCAGAUUCAACCGAGAAACAAUCCCUCUUUCUAGUCGACCAUAAUUCUCCGUCAAUACCUGGCUUGUCCAAUGAAACCAUAUCUGCCAAAUUUACCGUAUCAGGCUGCAUCGACCAUCAUGUCGACGAACGCUACGUCUCCCAGGAUGCAGAUCCAAGGAUCGUCAAGACUGGGAUAGGGAGCUGCACCAGUCUUGUGGUUAAGCAUCUCCGAGAGCAGGGCAUCUGGCCUUCUUCCGAAUCCCAAAACUUGGGAGGACAGAUUUCAAGCCCGCAGGUCGACCCAGAAGUAUUGCAGCAGAUAUCUAAACUUGCACUCGCUCCCAUCCUUAUCGAUACCUGGAACCUGAGGGCCAAGGGCGACAAAUGCUCCGACACGGACAGGGAAGUUGUGCGCUUUCUCGAAUCAGUGGUCUCAACCACGGCGGCCCAGUCGGGUUCAAAAUCGCCGCGGUCAUCGUCGCUGCCACAACACUCCGAGCCGGCGGCGGAGUGGGACCGCGACGCCUUCUUCUCUUGCAUCGCCACGGCAAAGGCCAACUCGCUGGACCUCCUGACCAUGCAGGAGGUGUUCGAUCGCGACUACAAGGCCUGGACCGAGCGCACUACUAGCUCCAGCUCUAGCUCUAGUUCCCGCUCCUCGACAUCGUCCGGCAAGGAAAUCAACAUCGGCAUUUCCAGCCUCGUGAAGCCUCUUUCCUGGCUGAUCUCCCACGCAGCCACCGCCCGCGGCGACAACGGCGCCGAAGGCGACGGCCGUGGAGACGGUGGUGGAAGUGCACGUGACGCUGUUACCGCAUUCCUUUCCGAGGUCGAAAAGUUCGCCUCCGCCCCAGACAGGCAGCUGGGCGUGUUCUGCAUGCUCACGCGCACGCCGGACGGCAGGAAAGAGGUCGCCGUGCUGGUGCUGGACGAGGCCGCAAAGGGCGCGCUCGACGAGUUCGAGCGGAAUUCCCGCGACGAGCUGCAAUUGGCCGAGUGGGCUGCCGAGGACAAUAGUAACGUCAAGGGCCUUGGCCUUGUGGAGGGACUAAGCAGGACGUUCGGCGGGAAGGGGGAGUGGAAGAUCUGGUGGAUGGGCGAUACGAGCAAGAGUCGCAAACAAGUCGGGCCGCUAUUGAGAGAGGCCGUGAGACGUAUCUAG